CUUCACUUUUGUCCUCGCGCUUGCUGCUCUCACCUCCCCUCAGUCAGUCAGGCUCUCUGCUCAAUGCUGGAGGGGAACAUGCUCAGAAACUCACGGAAUAUUUCAACAUUUGUGGUUUAGCCUACUGACGCAACAAGACCAGCCCUUCGCCACAGAAACAAAUUGCAUUGCCCAGAAACCAGUAGGACAAUGGUCUGAAUCCCAUAUAUACUCAAUGAACCAUCAUCAAGGACAAAGGACAAAAUACUCAUACUCAACCUGAAAAUGGCUCCUCAGAACCAUACCUGUCACUAUAACGAGUCCAUGCUCUUCUUCUACAACAACAGCGGUGCUGACGAUAAAUGGUACAGUUCCCAGCUCAUUCUGGUGCAGGUGGUGGGCUCGCUCUUCUGCUGCUUCAUCUUGGUCUCCAACGCCAUGGUCAUAGCCGCUGUCAUCACCAAUAAGAGGUUUCACUACCCUUUCUACUAUCUCCUCGCCAACCUUGCAGCCUCGGACUUCUUGGCGGGGAUUGCGUAUGUGUACCUCAUGUUUAACACGGGCGAGUUGUCACGAAAACUUACAGUUAAAGAAUACUUCAUCCGUCAGGGUCUUCUAGACGUCAGUCUCUCUGCCUCACUGGCAAACCUGCUAGUGAUCGCUCUUGAACGCUACAUUUCCGUCAUGCACUGGAACGUCCACAGCAACCUGACAAAGAGGAGGGUGACCUUGCUGAUAGUGCUGGUGUGGGCCAUCUCCAUCUUUAUGGGGGCUGUGCCAAGUUUGGGCUGGAACUGUAUCUGCAACCUCAGCGACUGCUCCCAGUUGGCGCCCAUCUUCAGCCGGAGCUACCUGGUCUUCUGGUCUGUGUCUAACCUUGUGGUGUUCCUGGUGAUGGUGGUCAUCUACAUGAGGAUUUAUGCCUAUGUCAAGAAGAAGACGGCCAUGCUCUCGCCUCACACCAACGGCUCCAUCAACCGCAAGAGGACGCCCAUCAAGCUCAUCAAGACGGUCAUGGUUGUGCUCGGUGCCUUUGUGAUCUGCUGGACUCCUGGCCUGGUGGUUUUGCUGAUGGACGGCCUUGACUGUAGGAGCUGUAAAGUCAUGAAAUUAAAACGCUGGCUCCUGCUCCUAGCUGUAGCUAACUCCGUCAUGAACCCCUGCAUCUACUCCUACAAGGACGACGAAAUGUGGACCACCUUCAAAAACCUUUUACGCUGCAUUGGGAACGGCACGCGGCGCCAGCGGUCAACAAAGGCCAAUGCCAGACCUCUCAGCUCUGUACAGGACACGGGCAACAGCCAGCCUCCGUCAGAAGAGACAAAAAAUGAAGAACAGGACAUACUAAAGACCUGAAGAUGUUUUCAUUUUUUUUAAAAGAAUGAAGCAGAACUCCAGUCCUGUUUCGACUGGACGUAGAUUAUAAAGACACUGAUUGGAGUUGACUUGGAAGAGGAACUGCACCUCCUUUUCUCCAGUUGGUGUCAGGGGAUAGCUGUUCAGUUUUAAAGUACUUUCCGCUCUCACUGCAGGCCAGCUGCUCCAGUAUGUAGCUCGAGUGGUGUUGAGGUGGAUGUAAGAAGAGACCAGGAUGAACUGCUAGUAUCCCAAAUAGAUUCAAAGAUGAGGUUUUUCAUAUACCACAGGAUUUUACAGGUUUUAGACACAUCAUUCCCACUUCAGACUGUUAUGGAAAAUUCCAGUUUUGUUUUAUCCUGCUAUUCAGUACCUGGAUGAUAAUGCACUCUUCAUGCUGUGGAAAGAGUCAAGAGGGAAAUGCGGCGUGGACAUUUUUUUAUUUUUUAGAGUUCAUCACUUGUGCGAUUUUUUGGUUAUAACACUGUACAUGUGAUUGAUUUUUCCCACAGAUAAACUUCUUGUGUAGCUUUUUAGGAAGGAAUCCUGUAAGAAAUAUAAAUGUAACUUCUUUAUAGUCAGGUACUAUAAAACUGAAGAUUUACUUAGCAAACCGCUUUUAAACAAAACAAUCAGAAAUACUGUAAACUAGUGUUCUAUAUAACUUAUUGACUUUCUGUCAUAUGAUUUCAAGAAGAGUUGAAGUAAUGUUAACUAUUUGCCAGCUAGCAUGCUCAGCCUGAUCUAAUUGUUAGGGCCAAUAUUUGCAAUGUUAAUUUCAGCUUGGAAAAUCACUCCCUGCUUUUCUUUUGUAAAGCAGGUUUGCCUCAGGGGAAACAGAUAACAGAGUCCCUUCUUGUCUCACCUUUUGAAUUCUAUCCCUUCAGCUUAACAAACAGAUAACUCCCUCCUGAAGCAGCUUGUUAGGGAAAACUUGUUCUCCUUGUAGCAUUGAAACACAUCCGCUUCAACUUUCUAACAGAUGACUCUUGUUGCUCUGGAGAAACUCUCCUAACAGUGCGGGGGUUGUAAAAUUAUGUUGCAACACACUGGAUUCCUGCUGGAGGUUCAGCACACACCAAUCACCUGCAGGACCUGAAGAGGAUAUGACUGAAUAGACUGCAACUACACACACACAAACCAACACUCCUCGCCCCCACCAGGCUGCUCUGAAAAACUCCGUUGCUAAAUCAUUGACAGGGUUCAAAUGACUCAUCUUUAACUUGCUGUACAGUAUUUAUUGCUCCUGCUGUAAGGGACAUAACGUCAUUAAAGCUGUUUUUUUUUUUAGACCUUGGUAGUGUGGCGAUAAGAUUGCUGAGACUUUUUAAACUGUUGUACAUUUUAUAUUUAAAAAAAUGAACUACA